GAAAGUGAUAUUGUUGAAGUGCGUUUGAUUGUAAAUCUUCAAUUAAUCUAAAUAUAUAUAUUUAUAUUUAUAUAGUGAAGGAAUUCAGAAAUAAUAAAGAUAUUAAAAUGGAUGACAAAUUACGUCAAAUGGAAGACGAAAUGAACAGUAUUGCAUCGUUUGUAAUUUACAUAGUAAAUUGUACUAUGUGGCUCAUUUAUUAUAAAGCAAAUAAAUUAUUACAAGUUUAGAUAAAGGUUUGAAGCUGAAAUUGGUGGUCAAUUAGUUACACCAAUAGUCAGGCCUGUUAUUGGUGCAAACACAUAUAAUCAAGUAGCUAGACAGUUAGAACAACACGAACUUCCAACACCAGUUGUUGCCGCUGCUGCUGCUAGUUUAGCUUUUCCUCCAAUGAUUGGAUUUCCACCUCCACCUCCACCACCACCGCCACCACCUCCACCACCACCAAUGCUAAUUCCUCAACAAGUAGCAAGACAAGGUACGGUUCCUUCUAUUACAACAUAUUCAUCACCUGCACAGAUAAGUAAUCCAUAUUUACCAAAUAUGGUGGAUCCGUGUUUAAGUGCUACUCCAAAAACUUAUGAAUCUACAUCAGCACCAAUGAUUCAUCCAGAAAUUAUUGAACAGAUUAUCAAUACAAAGAUCCCAGAAGAUGACAGCAAAAAGAAACCCAAGGUAAAAGGAGUUAGUACUGCAGCAGAGUUAGCAAUUAGUCAAGGAAAAGCAAGUUCCAUCAUGGCUAAUGCUAGUGCAGAAGAAACUCAUCCAAAGGGUAAAGGGAAAAAAAAUAAAAAAAUUGUACGAAUGGCUGGUGGACAAAUAUGGGAAGAUCCUUCUUUGCUUGAAUGGGAUGAAGAUGAUUUCAGAAUAUUUUGUGGAGAUUUAGGCAACGAUGUCACAGACGAAAUGCUAGUAAGAGUUUUUGGAAAAUAUCCGAGUUUUCAAAAAGCAAAAGUAGUGAGAGAUAAAAGAACAAACAAGACAAAAGGAUUUGGAUUUGUAUCUUUCAAAGAUCCCCAAGAUUUCAUCAAAGCAAUGAAAGAAAUGAAUGGACGAUACGUAGGCUCACGACCCAUAAAGCUACGAAAGAGUUCGUGGAAACAACGGAAUUUAGAGACGGUGCGGAAAAAAGAGAAGGAAAAACAGGCGUUAAUUGGUUUAUUGACUGGUCGGUGACGUGACGGAGCUCCUUCAUUUCUUUUCUUGUUUAUACAUCAUUUAGUUCGGAUUCUGCGCUCACACGCGAGUGUUGGUUUUAUUCAUAAACAAUUGUCAUUGAAAAUGUGCAAUUGUACGUAAAGUAUUUCUUAGCGAAAAUUUGACAACUAGCGAAUUGAUACAAUUUUUUAAGAAUUCUAUUUCACAGGAGUAGAAACGAGAUCGAGCGUUGUUUACAACAUAAUUGACCACCAUGUAAAAUUAUGUGCAAGUGAAUAGAAAUAAAUUCUUAUAUAUUAUA